AUGGACUAUCUGAUAAGUGAGGAGCAACAUUUCCCCGCCCGGGUAACCACAUUUUCAAACAUAUCAGUUGUUACCACUUCAAUUAAAUUGAAGUUGAAUGAGGAGCAACUUGAGGUUUUUAGGCAAUCAUGCUUUGGCAUGAUGCUGGAUGUACAUGACAUCAGUUGUUCUUCACAACUGAUACACCAGCUUCUACUACGUCAAAUUGUUUCUCCCCAGGGUGAUUUUGGAGAAAGAUUGCAUUUCAAUAUUGGUGGAAAGAAGUGCACAUUUGGUAUUGAAGAUUUUGCGAUUAUCACCGGACUAUUAUGUACAGAAUCUGUGCCCGAUGUGUCAAGUCUGGUUGAUACAUCUGUUAAUAGGCUAAAAUCCCUUUAUUUUGAAGAAAAAUGUGGAAAGGGCAAGGGUAAGGGGAAGGGGACCAAUGUAAGCAGAGCUGAGCUGGAAGAGGCAUUCGAUAAAUGUGAUAAUGCUCAUGAUGCUUUGAAGUUAGCUUUGGUGUAUUUUGUUGAGUCUGUAUUGAUGCCUAGAGAGAGAAGAAAUGCCAUUAAUAUUAAGUGGCUCCAACUUGUGGAUGAUUUGGAUGCCUUCAACCAAUAUCCAUGGGGAAGCGUUUGCUACGAACGUACUGCUACCUCUCUUGCAUGUGCCAUGAUUGGAAGGGCUGAAAAAUACUUGAGUAAGGGUAAGGCAAAGGAGACAUACAGCCUUUAUGGAAUGCCAAUAGUACUCCAGAUUUGGGCGUAUGAAAUUGUACCCAUUAUAGCCCAGAGGUAUGCCACCAAAUGUGGUGAAACACACCCCAGAAUACUCAAGUACUCAGGGAAUCAAACCCCUACUUCAGAUGACAUCGUGUCAGAUGUAUUUGAACUGAUAAAGAUUGAGGUUCAUGAUGCUCUAGUGCCAACGGAGGCUGAGCUGGAGAAGGAUUAUGUUAGGGAGGUUAUGAAGAGAAUUAAGAAAAGAGAAAUUAAAAGAAGCAGAGAUAAGUCUGAAGAAGAUGAAGAAGAGAAACAGAGAAAAGAGAGAAGAACUAAGAGAAGGAGGGAUUACGAUGUUAAUGUUGAAGAAAAAAUGAGAAAAGAGAAAAGAACAAAGAGAAGGGAUGAUCACAUCGAGCAUGCACAUGCACAUAAAGCUGGAGGGAAUUUGAUAUUGAAGGCCAAGUUCGAUGCCAUAGAGCAGAAGUUGGGAGAGCAUGGUGGUCAACUUUUGGACAUGAAAAAGGAAAUUGUUGAAAGCAUUACUGGUUUUUUUGAGACUACCAAGGCAAUUUACGAAGGUCUGGCAGUGUUAAAAGGAAAUUGGGAGAAAAAGAAGGAUAAGGAUGGAAAUCAGGAUGAAAAGGAUGAGAAUGAGGAUGAGGGAAAGGAUGAUGAGGAGGACCAGGAGGAAACGUAUGAUGCGGAUAAAGAGGAGGAGGAAAAUGAGGGAAAGACAGUUUCCCCUGUUAGACAUGCCGAUGAUGUUGAGGAUGCAGCCGUAGUUGCUGGAUUGAUGGAUCUCACAGAACAAGUGUUUGAACAGCCAAUGACAGACAAAAGUUCAAUUGGAGUUGAAGAGAUUCCAAAAGCCAAGUACACAUUUACACGGGGAAGAAAAAGAGGUUCCACAUCGAGACGUGUAAAUAUAUAUAAUCCAAUGCGAACAGAGUGUCAAUCACAAGAAAGAAGCACCAACCAAAAUAUUGAUGGUCCUUGGCCAAUCAAUUUAAAGAGGUCGUAUUCGACUCUUUGGAGACAAGGAUUUGAAGCAUGGGUAAGAAACAGGGCUGAGGAUACAUCUUAUUUGGUUGUUGGUGGAAAGAAGUUAUACAAAAAUUGGUUUAUCAACGCAAUGACACCCGAUUACUGGUUGACAGACCAGCAUAUGGACGUCGCAAUGUACCUCCUCAUGAAGAGGAUCAAGCAAUACCCUGCCAUAUUCAAGAAGAAGGUUGUGCUGUUGGACACUAUAUUCACUGUAUCAGUUGAAUCCCACUUUAAUGAGUUCACUAAAGAUCCUCAUAAUGUUGGAGAAUGGGACAAACAUGAAGUCUUUGAGCACUAUAUUUCUGGAAAAAACCCUGAAGGGUCCAUACCAUUGAAUGGUGUAGAUUACAUUUACUUUCCCAUGAACUGGAGAAAUAUCCAUUGGGUUGCAAUUGAGGUUGAAGUUGGCAACAAAUGGAUCAAUGUAUAUGAUCCCAAAAUUUCAAUCACCAGCAAGGAGGAUUGCAAUAAUCAUAUGAAACCGUUGAGGACUAUGUUGCCAUACAUCCUUCGUUUGGGUGGGAUUGAUGCAGGAGUCGCCCCAUGGCCUGCUCAUAGAUUGCAAGUUGUUCCUCAGCAAGAGACCGGGGGAGAUUGUGGGAUGUUCACAAUAAAAUUUAUAGAGGUAUUGAGUGCAGGAAUGCCAAUACAACUUAUUAAUCAGACAGACAUGAUGUUUUACAGGAGGAAAUUCGCAAUCGAGUCAUACGGACAACAUUUUUAACUUACUUUUGUAAAUAUUUAUUUUCAUCCUAUUAAAUUGUAUAUAACUCAGUGUAAUACAAAUAUUGGUUCGAGUA